AUGGAAGUAAGGAAAGAGAAAAAUGAUUCAUCUUUGGGGAAAUCACAAAUAAAGACCCUCGAAUUAGCAAAAUCACUCAAUGGUCACCUGAAUUUGCUAAAUUAUCAUGAGGGACCCGGUCUCAAAUGGCAAAUAGCAAAUGUUGGUGAAAAGACGAAAUUGCCCCUCAGUCAAUCUGAUUCAUUAAUGAAGGCUGAGACAAACAAAGUGAUCGUGGAGAGCUUGGAGGAGAAGAUUGGUGGUGCACAUGGUAUGGAGGGAGUGAGCAGUGGAGUUGAUCAUGGAAUAAUACUGUUGCCAUUGAUCUCUGUUAGGAAUAUCACGAAUGGGAGAGUGGGGGAGGGGAAAUGGAAGGAGGAUGACAAAAUGAACUGUUACAAUGGGUCAAGCUGUUGGAAGGAAUUGUUUUGUUUUUUCCAUGUUGGUGGGUAUUUUGAAAGAAACAGUGAAGGUGAAGUUAAAUACGGGGGAGGGAGUGUGAGAGCAAGCAGCAUAAAAGAAGGGAUAACACUGGAGGAAUUAAGAGGAACAAUAUCACAGUUGGUACACAAUGAUGCUAAAGGGUGCGAAAUUAAGUACACGGUUAAGUUUGCUGAGGGCACACUGGUUGAUCUUUAUGAUGAAGGUGAUAUUUGCAAUAUGUUUAGAUAUAACGAUAGCAGUGCUCAUUUGUAUGUAGCAGCGAAAGGGAACCAGAAGGAAGGUGGAGCAGUGAAUGAUGGAGAAAUGGGUGAGAAUUUGUUUGGGCUGUCGGGAGAAAUGACUGAAGGUGUGGUGAACCUUGGUGAUAACUAUGAACCACUCAUUGUUGACUAUGGUGCUGAAUGCCUAACGUAUGAAGGAGGGGGUUUAAGUCAGACAAACUUCAGUGACGGUUCAGGGAGUGAAGGGACAUUGAGGGGUAAUUUGAAUUGCAUGAAAUGGGUUGGAGUUUUUGCAGGGGUGGGGCAAUAUAUUCCACAUGCCCAAGCUUUUAGGGAGGCUGUGUACAGGUUUAGUAUUGCACAGAAGUUUGCAACGACAUAUGUGAGAAACAGUAGGGAGAAGAUGAAUGUGAGGUGUAAAGUGGAAGGGUGUCCAUGGAAGAUUUGUGCAAAUGCUGUUGGGAGGGAUACUCUUUUAUUACGCGUGACCACAUUCGUUAAUGAACACAUUCAUUCAGCGCAAGAUAACCUAGAUGUCACUUUUGCUGGCAAUGCUGCGUUGACGUCAUCAAUAAUACUUGAGGAGAUAAGGAACCACACCGAAAAGCGUCCUACUGAAAUAAGGAAGACACUGGAAAGGGAAUAUGGUGUGAGGCUAACAUAUGCUCAAGCUUACAGAGCAAAGGAAAAGGCCAUGGAACACAUACAUGGGAAACCAGAAGAAUCCUAUAUGUUCAUACCAUGGAUAUGCCAAAGAUUAAAGGAAACUGAUGAUAAAACAGUUGCUGAAUGGGCUUCCAUUGGUAAUACAUUUGAGCGGGUUUUCAUUGCAUAUGGUUCGUGUAUUGAGGGUUUUUUGAGUGGUGCAAGGGCUAUAUUAUAUGUUGAUGGAACUCAUUUAAGUGGUCCAUAUAAGGGGACACUACUCUCAGCGUCGGGAUAUGAUGCAGAUAAUGACUUGUUGCCUUUUGCAAUAGCAGUGGUGAAAUCAGAGAACCUUGAUGACUGGACUUGGUUUCUGUUCAAAAUCAAAGAAAUUGUUGGUUCGGUGCAGGUGACAAUUGUGUCAGACCGACACAAUGCCAUAAUAGGAGCUGUCCAAGCAAUAUUUGGAGGUGAAAGACAUGCGUAUUGUUAUAGGCAUGUGAAGGAAAACUUCAGCGCUGAACAAGUAAAAGUAAACAGAGGUAAAAGGACAAGCCAAUGGUCAAAAGAAGAUGCAUUAAAGGUUCUUGAUAGAGUUGCUUAUGCAAGGGUUGAUAGUGACUUUGAUAAUGCAAUGGCAGAGCUGAGAACUAUGUCUCCUGAGUUACAUGAUUGGGUUAUCAAUCAAGGUGAUGUGAAUAGGUGGGCAAUGAGCAAGUUUCCAUUUAAAAGAUGGGACAAUAUAACAACCAAUAUAGCUGAGUCUUUCAAUUCUUGGAUGGUGAAGGAGAGAAAGCAUAAUGUGGCGCAAAUGAUCCAUGAGCAUCGGGAGAAAGUAGCAAGGAAGAUGCAUGCAUCAUAUAUGUGUAUGAGUAAGUGGAGGAAUUGUGUUGGGCCAAAAACCGAGGCAAAGGUUCUGGAGAAUGUGUAUUUCAGUAGGUAUAUGAGUUGUGACAAUUAUGGAGGCGGAAGACUGUGUGUACAUACAUCUCGUGGAGAUCAAAGAGUAGACCUUGGUCUACACCAAUGUAGUUGUCUUGGUUGGCAAAUGUCAGGAAUUCCAUGCUGCCAUGCUUGUGCAGCCAUUAAGACUGUGGGGGGAAAUGUAUAUGAAUAUGUUGAAGAUUGUUACAAAAUUUCAGCACAGGAGAAAAUAUAUGGCAGGAGCAUGGUUCCAGUGGUAACAAUCGAUAUGCCUAACCCAAAUGACUAUAGGUUUGAGAAUCUUGUUGAACAAACCUUGCUUUUACCACCAAAUACAAGUAGGCCUCCUGGAAGACCAAGGACUAAACGGCAGGAAUCACAAUUCCAGAACAAAAAAGUCUACCAUUGCACCAGAUGCCACCAACCUGGACACACAAGGAGGAGUUGCAAAAAUCCCAACCCAUUUUGA